GGGGGAGGAGCGGACCACGGACACCGGCGCUGCUACCAUGGUCCCGCUGCCCGCGCGCCGGGCGCUCCUCGCCGCCGCCCUGGGUCCCGCCGGCCGCCGCCGGGUCCCCCGUCACCGUGCUCCGGCGGCAGCGCGGCCCUCCUCGGGCGCGGGGGGCGAGGCGGAGGAGCCCGGCGGGGCCACCGCCAUGCUGCGGCACCUGCUACUCAAGCUGCGGGCCACCGGGCCGGUGACGGUGGCCGAGUACAUGCGGGAGGCGCUCACCAACCCCGGCCAGGGUUACUAUACGCGCCGCGGCGGCAUCGGCGAAAGCGGGGAUUUCGUCACCUCCCCUGAAAUAAGUCAGGUAUUUGGAGAGUUAAUAGGAAUAUGGUAUAUCAGUGAAUGGAUAGCCACGGGCAAACCUGAAGCGUUCCAGCUGGUGGAACUGGGCCCAGGGAGGGGCACGCUUACUGAUGAUAUAUUACGGGUCUUCAACCAGCUUGCCUCUUUACUUAGUAAAUGUGACGUCUCUAUUCAUCUGGUGGAAGUGAGUCCCAAACUGAGUGAGAUCCAAGCACUGAUGCUGACAGGAGGGAAGGUGCAGUCAAACCCCGAGGACAAGUCUGCUUACAUGAAAGGUGUUAGCAAGACUGGAAUUCCCAUUUUCUGGUACAGAGACAUUCAAGAUGUGCCGCCAGGUUACAGUUUUUACCUAGCACAUGAGUUUUUUGAUGCCCUGCCAAUACAUAAGUUUCAGAGAACAGAGAAAGGUUGGCGUGAAGUAUUGGUUGAUAUAGAUCCAGAGGUUCCUGACCAGCUACAGUUUGUCCUGUCACCAUCCAGUACCCCCGCGACAGAAAACUUUAUUCAGCCUGAAGAAAUGAGAGAUCAUGUGGAAGUGUGUCCUGAGGCUGGUGUCAUCAUUCAGAGGCUUGCUGGUCGUAUAGAAAAGGAUGGUGGGGCUGCACUGGUUGCUGAUUAUGGUCAUGAUGGAACCAAAACUGACACUUUCCGGGGUUUCCGGAAUCACAAACUUCACGAUGUGCUGAAAGCUCCAGGUACAGCAGAUCUGACAGCAGAUGUUGAUUUCAGCUAUCUUCGAAAGAUGACACAGGGAAGAACAGCCACAUUAGGCCCUAUAAAACAGCGGGAGUUUUUAAAAAACAUGGGCAUUGACCUCCGAUUGCAGGUGCUCUUGCAGAAUUCAUGUGAUGGAGCAACUCAUGAGCAGUUACUUCACAGCUAUGAUAUGCUGAUGAAUCCCAAGAAGAUGGGGGACUGUUUUAACUUUUUUGCCCUGCUGCCUCACCACAGACUUGUACAUCCUCACAAGAAACAUAAGCCAGAAUCAAAGUCUCCCUUACCUCCUGUUGCUGGAUUUGGUGAACUCUUACUGAAGUAAUUGCAAAUACUAUAGCAAAACGCCUGAUAGUAGUAGCUUUCAAUAGCAACUUAUUAAAUUAAAAAAAAAAAAAAAUCAAAGGAAUAGAGUCCUGCAUUUUAUGGUUUCACAUACUAAAUGUUUUGCAAUAAUGUAAUCAGCAUAUGGCUACACACGCAGUAAGGUAAGAACUAAAUAGUUCAAUUUCUCUUUGAACUGAAAGCACAUGAAAUGUCACAGUACUUCUCCAGGCAAUUUUCCUCACACCAAUCUAGGCUUCAGGGCCUAGCCACAUUUUGGUAGGGACUGCUAUUUCAGAGUAAAUCUAGUACAGCACACUAAACCUGUUGACUGACGUACUCAAAGCAGUAUGUGUAGAAAUCAAAUGCUGCACAUACAGAAACCAGCAUAUACAGAGCAGAAAAUGAACAAUGUUUCAGGGGUCUUACAAAAGAACCGAGUGAAGUAUUUACUAGUGGAAUCAAGUUAAGCCUUGUCAGUAACAAACAGAUGGGCUAAGGGGACUUUAAAUGUACUCAGUUUUGGUACUUGCUUAAAACAUAAGAUGCCUUGACAUUUGUGAAGAUAUUUUUAUAAAGAGAAUGGUGACAGGAACCAUGCAGAAAGAGUUAUUUAGUUCCAAAGCACCUGCUAAGAGAAUUCCCACAGCAGGGCAUAUCUAAUGACAAAUCCACAAACAAGGAAGUAUAAAGAACCAUUUACUUCUAAGAACAGUUGAUAGGAGAGAUAAUGCAUGUAAAAAUAAAAAGAACAAGUCUGAUAGGGAAAUAAAUUUUAUUUUCAAGCUUAUCAGAGGAUAUUUACAAACACUGGGAUGUAUAAAAAAAUAUAAAAGUACUUGACAGUGUCCUUUUGAGGCUAUAAAUUUUACAUGAGCUUUUUUCUAGCAUCAUCAUAGCACUAUUUCUUGAAUGAAUGCAACUUAAUUCAGCUAGGGGUAAGGAUAUUAAACACUGUAACCUACUGCUGUCAAAGUUUGCAGUAAAGGUAGAAAAAAAAAAAAGGGAAUUAAAAACUCAGCUAUUUCUACUACUCUGAAGAAAGUUUA